GCGGCGGGCUGUAAGCCGCUCUGCCGGGGUGGGGCCCCCCUUUCCGUUUCCGGUAGCGGCGGCGAACGCAGCCCCACGAUGUCGUCCCACCUGCAGUGGAUGAUCGUGCGUAACUGCUCCAGCUUCCUCAUCAAGCGGAACAAGCAGACUUACAGCACCGAGCCCAACAACCUGAAGGCAAGGAACUCGUUCCGCUACAAUGGGCUGAUCCACCGCAAGACCAUCGGGGUGGAGCCUGCUGCCGAUGGCAAGGGCAUCGUGGUGGUGUUGAAGAAACGUGCAGGUCAGCGCAAACCAGCCACGUCAUAUGAGAAGACAACCAUCAACAAGAAUGCCCGGGCCACGCUCAGCAGCCUGCGUCACAUCAUACGCAAGAAUAACUACCGCAAGGACCUGCGCAUGGCUGCCCUGCGCCGUGCCAGUGCCAUCCUGCGGAGCCAGAAGCCAGUGGUUGUGAAAAAGAAGAGGGCUAGGGCUACCAAAGCAGCAUGAGCAGUCCCUAGGUUCAAUAAAGUAUUGAGUCCAGUC